CGCUCGCGUCACUCACCUCGCACUCCUCGCUAACUUCAUCUUCGCAAUCAGUCGUCGCCAUUGACUUUGAAUUUUAUACGAGGAAUCUACACCUUUUCCAGCAUUGGUCCAUUCUGACAGAAGCAAAGUGUCAUCUACGUCCGCUCCUUUCCUCGUAGGCGUGGGUACAAUUGUGUGUGGCAGGCCACCUUGACACAACUGUGGCACCUCGUCCGCCGCACAGCCCUCUACACAAAGCGUCGAGCAUGUUCCAGAUCAAUGUCACCGACACUUGAAGGAGACCGGCAAUACAAUUCAGCAAGCAUCUGAACAUCUUCAUCCAUGGUGCUUGCCUGCAGCGGCGGUUUAGGGCCGUGAGCCAUUCGGCUCUGAUGACGGAACAUCAAUGGUUUCCGUCACCAUCUGCUUCGUGAAAGUUGAUGCCUGGCGGCAAAUGUUCCACGCAGGGGCCGCAUCAGCGAACAUGGUGUUCAACAAGAUCCAAAACCACUCAAGAUACCCUGCUGCUGCCUGGUGGGAGGGUGUGAACCGUGGUGGCCUUACUGGGAUUGUGGUAAGGCUGAAAAUCCACCAACCAAAAUCCGUGCCGCCCGCAUUGCGAACACGAGGGGUCCUUUGGGUCAUAGCCGGCAUUAUUGUACCCUACUUAUGCAGACGACAACCCAAAAGUUCGUUUACUUGGCAUCAACGUGAUUUGGUCACCGUGUGCGCCACGGAAGCCUGCCUAGCACUAUCGCUUGCAGAGAAUGUCGGCUCCGGUAUCUCAGCUCAAUGGACGUUAAGACGAGGCACACGAGUCCAGAUCAUGUGUUUGAGGCUGAGGUUGGUUCAUGGAUGUGACGCUUACAGGAAUGCACGACAUCGGGCCCCGGCUUCCAGUCACCCUCCGGACUGCAAAAUUCGUCAUCUGGCCCUGCUUCGCCUCGCUUUAUGGCUAGCACGAAGGUCUUUACUUUGGGUCGGCCUUAUGGCUGUAAGCAAAUGUCUAGUUUCCAAGCCCACCAAAGAACGUAAAGUCCAAAACAUUCGAGGCUGAGCUUCAUGUCCCCUGGAAUGAGAACUUUUGUUCGGACUAAAUGCGUCUGCAGACAUAUUCGGACACGGUAAACAAUGGCAUGCAGCGCUGCGCCAUGAGGAACUGUGUGGAGGAUAAAUAGGAGUAGGUCCUCGGUGAGUCUUGAUCAUGCUCA